ACUAGCUAGCUUCAGAGCUACUCACGUUUCCAUGAAGCCCAGCUUGGGAGAUUUGGUUGAGGGGGCAUUUGGACGGGAGGUGCUGGCAUCGGUUCCGGUGCGGGUGCCUUUUUACGAGGUUCUCUGGGUUUACGUUCCGGCUUUUUGGAAACCUUAUGCCAUCCAGAUUUGGCCUCUUGAUGAAGUACUAGCGCAUCGCUGGGCGGCUCGGGUUCAGGAGCUGGAAUUGCCAUCGGAGGGGGCUCAUGCUACGUUAGGAGGGUAUCUCAACAAACUUUCAGUUCAAAAUUGGAAUACAUACUUGUUGUGGUCUCCUGCAUUUAGGAUUGCGCCCCGUCAAUAA